AGAGAUGGAAAGACAGCUGAGAACCACAUGACGAAAUGUUUAGAUGGCGAGCGUGUAUUGCCAGGCUUUUUCUACAAAGCAUCCCAUUACUAACAUUUCACAGCAAAUAAGUGAUUAUACCCAAGACAAUAAACUACAUGAUACUCGUAUUUACUAACCGAAUACUACUUUCUUAACAGGUCAGUUAACACCAGAAUUACUUCAACGACAGAUGAAUUGGUUUCUGUAACAAGAGUACCAGAUGGAUUCCACUAAAAAAGAGAGCAACAGUGUUAAAAGAAUAUGGUUUCUUGUACCCGUUGCUGUUUUAGCAACAGGCUGGCUGUAUUUCUUGACAACUAUUGCCCCAAAACUCAAUAAUGGAAACAAGGGCAGUAUCAAACUGCAGUUUCCAAGCAGCCUGCAACAAAUGAAAGAUUUAGCACAUUUGCUGGAGCAGUAUCGAGAACAUCAUUUACUCUAUGUAAUAAUCCUCUUUAGCAGUGCAUAUCUCUACAAGCAAGCAUUCAGCAUACCAGGUUCAGCUCUUUUGAAUGUGUUAGCUGGAGCUCUGUUUGGAAGUCUGGUGGCCUUUCCAUUGUGUUGUGUUCUCACAGCAUUAGGAGCAUCAUGUUGCUAUCUCAUGUCCCGAUACUUUCUUGGUGACUUGCUGAUGCUUUACUGGAAGGACCAAGUACAGAGAUUACAGGAAAAGGUUGCUAGCAAUUCAAAUUGUCUGCUCUACUAUCUUUUGUUCUUGCGACUCUUUCCUGUUACACCAAACUGGUUGAUAAAUCUUAUAGCACCAUUAGCUGGUGUACCACUCACACAGUUUCUCAUUACUGUGUUUCUUGGUUUAAUGCCAUAUAAUUUUAUGUGCGUUCAAGCUGGUGAAGUUCUGUCCUCCAUCACGUCUCUUGACACACUGUUUAGUACAGAAACUUUCAUUAGACUGGGUCUGAUGGCAACUGCAUCACUGUUGCCAACAUUUGUCAUCCGCAAGCACAAAAUCCAACAAUCUUUGGACAGUUCGGUGCAGAAAAAUACACACAGCCACAAAAGCUAACAUCCAAAGUUAACUUUGGUUAAACUUGAUGGUACUAGCACUUUUUUAUUUGUUAAGUACAUAAUCUUGCAAAGAUUAAACAUGUACAUACAUUAAAGAUUUAUUUUUUUAACAUUGUUAUUUAAUAUUUGUGUGUUGUAAGGCUGAGACAAACUGGAAAUAAUGUAUAAGUAUUUUAAGUUUUCCUUCUUGAUUGCUUCCCUUAACAUAUUGUCCAGUCUUUCAUGUAGAAUCUAGAUGCUUGAUGAUGUAUUUGUAUUUAAAAUAAAU